AUGACCGACUACGAGGCCCGAAAAACCUACAUUGCCCGACGAGACGAGUCAAUGCGGCUGGUUGACCAGGUCUUCGACAGCCCAUUCAAAGUCGCCGAUCUCAAGGUCCCCGACGAGAUUCCGCUUGAUGCUAAACCUCUCUUCCUGUCGCUGGUAAGCGAUGAUGACCGCAAAAUCCUUCAGAUCCCACCCAUGGAGCUGUUGGAGAAACUCAAGAGUGGCACUCUCAAGGCAGUCCCAGUAGCAGGCGUCUUUUGCAGAGCCGCAGUCGUGGCCCAGAAACUCGUCAACUGCUGCACCGAGUUCCUCCCCGACCUCGCACUCAUGUACGCUAAAAAAGCCGAUGAGUACAUGGAGAAGAAUGGCAAACCUAUGGGUCCCUUCCACGGUUUCCCCUUGUCCAUCAAAGAGCUGUAUGCCCUGGAGGGCAGGGCUGCUCACUGGGAGAACCCCGACCUCAUCAACAACAUGCAGACCGACAACGCAGUACUGGUCAACGGUCUUCUCGAGCUGGGAUGUGUGCCAUUUUGCAGAACCACCGCGCCUCAGUUUCUCAUGUCUAUCGAGUCCUUCUCUCCCAUGCACGGACUUACUACAAACCCUCACAACACCAGCUUGUCCUCUGGAGGCUCUUCCGCUGGCGAGGGUGCCAUGAUUGCCAUUGGAGCGUCUCAUCUCGGUCUGGGGUCCGACAUUGGAGGCUCCAUUCGAGUGCCUGCGGCCUGCUGUGGCAUCUAUGGCUACAGACCUACAAACGGACGAGUGCCUAUUACUGGUGCAGACUCCCUGACACCAGGUUACAACGCCAUUGCCGGUGUCGUAGGUCCCAUGGCAUCCUCGGCAGAUCUUAUCACUCUCUUUAUGGAGUCUAUCGAGAGCCUGGAGCUCUGGAAACGAGAUACCUUUGCCGAGCGGUCUGCCUGGGUGCCUGUCAACCCCAAGGAGGUCACUGUAGGCUAUCUUCUCGACGAUGGACACGUCAAGCCCCACCCCCCAGUUGAGAGAGCCAUUAAGGAGUUCAUUUCCAAAAUGGAAAAGGCCCAGCUUCCGUUCACUGUCAAGUUCAAGCCCUUCACCCCCAUGCAACACGAAGAGGCCUGGAAGAUAAUCACAGGUCUUUACUUCCCCGACGGUGGUCAGUUUUUAAAAGACGCUCUCACCAAUUCGGGCGAGAAGGCCACUGACCAGACCAAGAUGAUCGCCCUCGAAAACCCCAACUGUGUUGAGCACUCGGUGAAGUCUCUGUACGCCGCGCAGGACGUCAGAAACAAAUACAAGACAGCAUACCAGAAGCACUGGAAGGACCAGGGAGUGGACGUGGUGAUCAUGCCCACAGUUCCAUCAGCUGCCAUUGUGCCAAACACAACAAAGUACUGGGGAUACACUUGUGUGUGGAAUUUGCUUGACUACCCUGCUACAAUCAUGCCCAUUGGUAAGGUGCAGGAGAGUGAUAAGAAGGACGAGAGUUAUACUCCCCGUAACGAUCUCGACAAGGCCCACCAGGAUCUGUAUUCUCCAGAGACUUACGCUAAUGCUCCUGUGGGUCUCCAGAUCGUCACUCCUCGAUGGAAUGAUGAGUUGGCUCUCAAGAUGAUGGAGGUGUUCUCUCAUGCUAUGUGA